AUGGGCCCCACCACGCCACGAUGGCCUUGGCGUCACUGUCUGGCCGGGCUGCUGUUUCAGCUGCUGGUGGCUGUGUGUUUCUUUUCCUACCUGCGUGUGUACCGAGACGAUGCCACCGGGUCCCUCAUGGCAGUGGCACCUGUCACUGGGGCUCCCAAGAGGUCCUGCUGCCAGGACAGCAUGGGGACCCCCACCCAUCACAUCCCCCUGAUCCUGCUGUGGACGUGGCCUUUUAACACACCCAUGGCUCUGCCCUGCUGCUCAGAGAUGGUGCCCGGCACGGCUGACUGCCACAUCACUGCCGACCAAGAGAUGUACCCACAGGCAGACGCGGUCAUCGUGCACCACCGGGACAUCAUGUACAACCCCAAGGCCCAGCUCCCGCCUCCCAUCAGGCCACCGGGGCAGCGCUGGGUCUGGUUCAGCAUGGAGUCCCCCAGCCACUGCUGGCACCUGCAAGCCCUGGACGGACACUUCAACCUCACCAUGUCCUACCGCAGCGACUCCGACAUCUUCACACCCUACGGCUGGCUGGAGCCGUGGUCCGGUCAGCCUGCCCACCGCCCGCUCAACCUCUCGGCCAAGACCCAGCUGGUGGCCUGGGUGGUGUCCAGCUGGAGGCCACAGUCCGCCAGGGUGCGCUACUACCAGACCCUGCAGGCCCAUCUCAAGGUGGACGUGUACGGGAGCUCCCACAAGCCGCUGCCCCAGGGGACCAUGAUGGAGACGCUGUCCCGGUACAAGUUCUACCUGGCCUUCGAGAACUCCUUGCACCCCGACUACAUCACCGAGAAGCUGUGGAGGAACGCCCUGGAGGCCUGGGCCGUGCCCGUGGUGCUGGGCCCCAGCAGGAGCAACUAGGAGAAGUUCCUGCCGCCCGACGCCUUCAUCCACGUGGACGAUUUCCAGAGCCCCGAGGACCUGGCCCGGUACCUGCAGGGGCUGGACAAGGACCACGCCCGCUACCUGCGCUACUUCCGCUGGCGGGACACGCUGCGGCCUCGCUUCUUCAGCUGGGCACUGGGCUUCUGCCAGGCCUGCCGGAAGCUGCAGCAGGAACCCAGGUACCAGACGGUGCGCAGCAUAGCGGCUUGGUUCACCUGAGAGGCCGGCGUGGGGCCUGGGCUGCCGGGGACGGUGCUUUCCCGGGGCCUCACCUGAGUGGGACCUCACCCACCUAGGGACUCACUAGUCUGGGGAUUUACCCACCUGGGGCCUUGUCUGCUGGGACCUCAUCUACUGGGCUCACUUCCCUGGGGCAUCAUCUGCCUGGGGCGUCACCUGCCUGGGGCCUCACCUGCCUGGGGCCUCGCCUGCUGGAGGCUUUGGUGGCCGACAUAUUAUUUACCUGGGAUUUCACAUGCCAACCUUCACGGCUGC